AUGAGUUUCAAGGAACAGUAUAGGAAGAGUCCUGUUAUGUUCCCCUUUGCUAUCGUCAUGAUCUCAGUACUGUCUGGCAUGUGCCUGAUUUAUCUGCCGUGGUACUACAAGAAUGUCAUCGUGAAGCCCUACCAUAAUUUCCCCGAACCGGUCGCAAAGAAGCUGCGCAAAGCACUCUUCUACAGUCGCGGCAAAUACCUCGACAUCCGCGAAGCCAACAAGUUCUUUCGUCAGGCUCUGCAAACAGCCGAUGAGCUAGGCAUGGAUCCAUUUAGCGACGAGAUUAUGGGCGUCAAAUACACAAUAGCCGCGUUGUUCGAAGAUGCAGGAUAUUACAGCUUGGCGACAGACGUGCUCGAAAUCAUGAGGGCGGACACUCGGAAGUGGAUGGACGAAUUUUCGCAUAAACACUGGAACGACGGAAAUAGGAGCCGUGUCUUGAAGAACCUGGUGCAGAUCAACAUCAAACUUGGCCAGCUUUAUGACAUCAAGUAUGUCAAUGAACCAGAAAACGGUGGGAAGAGGCUUGUGGAGGCUGUGGAAGCUGCUUUGGCCGAGUCGCAGAGACGCGAGAAGGAUGGGUUGUACCAAGGCGAAGGCAAUUUCUUGACAAAAGAGGAACUUGGAGGUGCACUGGAAGCACUUGGCUCGCACUACGAGGAGUAUGGCCCCCGUUAUUUGGCUACACCAUUGUUUGUCAAGGCUCUAGAAAUGUGUCCACCGAAGUCAUGUCACAGCAUCGUCCUAAUGAACAAUAUCUCUGUUUGUCUUAGUCAACAAAGCCCACCCCCAACGAAAGACGCUCUCGCCCUCUCCACCGAACCCACCGAUUUCCCUGUUACGAAUGCUCCGCCACGCGCCGUACUCAUCGACCAAGCCCGACAAUGGGCCACAAAAGCACUUGCCCACGCUGCUGCGAUACCUACGUCCGACAAGACAGAAGAAUGCGACAUUGGCUGUGUAGUAGCAACGCACAACCUCGGGGAGUUUUACGAGAUGGAGGAAAAGAUCAAAGAAGCCAGGCAGAAGUACGAGGAGGCCGCCAGCCUGGCGAAGUCUAUGGGCUUUAAGGAGGGACAGACGAAUGCGAGGGCCGGGCUGAUGAGGCUGAAAGAAUUGGAAAAGAAAACCUAG